AUGUCGGGUGUUGGUGCCCUCUUCGAGCUCUACUCCGAGUGGCAGGAUUCCAAGAAGCCAAAGGAGGAAGAGAAAGAGGAUGUCAAACUCGCUCCAGAUGAAGAUGAGGUUGUGGAAACAUACGAGGAUCCGGAUUCGGAUUGGCACAAGGCGGUUGAGAAUCGAGAUUGGGAUUCACUCUUGUUUAUGCUGCAGCAAUUCGAUUUCAAGAAGUACAAAUCAAAGAAAGAAAAGAAGCCCCGACGACUCCGAGUUGUGAAGGCAGCCCAUUGGGUGAAAGACAAAGUUAAAAAGCCGAAAGAAGAAGAGGAAGAGAUUCCCAAAACUCCUUUGCUUGGAGUGGAUGCUCUGGGUCAAACUCCGCUUCAUGCAGCCAUCGCCAACUUGGCUCCAGAUAGGCUGAUUGUUCGAUUAUGCUUUUCUGAACGCAAGGCAGCUCUUGUUGCAGACAAACGGGGAUACAUUCCGCUUCACUUGGCUACCAUUCAUGAACGUAACACCCAGAUUGUUGAUCGGUGUAUUCGAUCCAACUUUCAUCAUAUGCAGCAACUCGACUUGAACAAACGAACUGCCUUGUGGUAUGCGGUAGAACGGGCUACGCAACGAACCAAGGAGAAUAUGGGAAAUCCAACUUUGUAUUGGGGACUUCCACGCGGGAAGUCAGAUAUGGAAUGGCAAGAACGACAGGAAGUCUAUUGGGAAAAGGUCAAAUUCAUUCUUUUGAGCUAUUCGAGUCGUCGUAAAGUCCUCAUACAAGAAGAGCGCACGCUCCUUCUGGAAGCUUUGGAACAUGCAGCCCCCCCAGGUGUGGUGGAGGUCUCUAUCAUGGCCUGUCAAGGAAUGUUACACACUGAUCCCAGUCUGGCUGCUGGUGCUCUCCGCCUGUUCAUGCAACGUUCGUAUCCCAUUAAAAACUUGCAGCUGCUCUUGCACCACUUUCCUGUCAAGAAAGAAGAAUCUCUGUUGGCAGCCCGCAAAAUCUUGACAGAUCACUACCAAAUAGGAUGCCGAACCUUGGAAGGUCGCAACAUGUCGUACCGGGAAGAAAUGGAGAGCCAUGCCUUGCAGGGCAAAUUCAAGAGAAGUCUCUACACCCAAGAAUGGUGGAACAAGAUCAAAUGUCUGCUACGUUUAUGUGGUCAUGAAAAUGACAAGGAGUACAAAAAGGAGUUUGCUGAUAAGCAUUUGCUGCAAGCGGCUCUAUCGAAUUCUGACACGCCUCCGUCGCUGGUGCAGCUGUUAAUGGCCAUAAAUCCUGAGUCGAUCAAGGAGCUCCAUCCGUUUUUGAAAUGUGCACUGAUUCACUUGAUUUGCAAAAACUGGAAAUACAAUCUCUUUCCCCAUUCUAAAUUUGUCGGCGUGAAAUUAGACAUGCCAGAGCCCCCCAUGGAACAAGUGCUGAAAAUUAUCAUUACAACGGAUCGCUCCAAUGUGCGCAAACGAUUUGAGCAUCGUCUACCCUUGCAUCAUGCGAUUGCCACUGGAAAGUCCAUUGAAUUCAUUCAUGCAUUGAUACAAAGGGAUGUCCCCACUCUAGCUGCACGAGAUCCGAUCACCAAAUUGUUUCCGUAUCAACUGGCGGCUCUUCCCAGUCUCAAUAAAAAUGCGGGGUUGUGGGCGGCGAAAAAGAUUGGAGACGAGAGAUGGCAGGAAUUGAAAUCUAAGCGGCGUGCGCAAGCGGUAACGCAAGUCAUUUACGAACAAGAUGUCGAACAGUUGUCGGUCAUCUAUCACCUGUUGCGAUCGCAUCCUUCCGCUCUCUCUCCACCGGCCUUGGUGCAAAAGCCAGCUGGAAUUGGAAAGAAGCGAGGGCGCGGAAUGAUUUCUACUCACUUUUUGAAGCUCAUGUACGAACGACAACCACGCGAUGGGGAAUCGGUUGUCGAUGAAGCCAUGGAUUUAGAUCCUGAUAAGGAUGAAUGGACUUUCCUAAAGUCCAACAUGACAUUGUUCCUCCUGGCGCUGGAAGAGAAGAAAAUACCAGCGGAGAUGGAUCAGUGGUGGGAUAAGAUGAAGUUCUGGAUCCGGUUCUGCUACACGGGGCACGUAGAACUGCCGUCGAAGGACGACUACUUGCUUCACGCAGCACUUUCCAAUCCGGAUACCCCGCCUUUGAUGGUUGAACUGCUCAUGGCCUUGUAUCCCAAUGCUGUAACCAAAAAGAUGAAAGGGGAUCAAUAUCCACUUCACAUUGCUGCCGCAACCCCAGCAUACGUGCCUCAGUAUUUUGAGCAGUUUGAGUACAAGAAUGUAUUCCAACUCCUGUUGGAUGCGUAUCCAGGUGCUGCUUCAAAGAAUUCAUCUGCUGGCUUUGCCGUGGACAUUGCUCUGGAAGUAGACCAUGAAGACGAUUACAUCGAUCCAUUGUUGAAGGCUUCCGGCAAGCAGAGAAGAUCUUCUUCCAGACGAAACUUGGUGGGCGAUAGCAAAUCCGUAAAAUCAUCACGGUCGUCGCGUUCCGUGAGGUCUACUUCCAGCAGAAAUAUAUCAAAAUCUCCCAAGCGUGGAAGAGAUACCACAAUGUUAAGAGGGACUUCUUCUCGUUCGAUGAAAAGCUCUCGGUCUACCGGUAGCAGCACCAGGCAACCGAAGUUGGACUUUUCAAAGAGUCCAGAACGAGCGAGAUCAACUAGUAGGUCAGCCUCCGCGCGAGGAAGAAUAUCAACAAGCCCGAGGUCAACAAGCCCCAAGCGAGAUCUUCCUAAGGGCAGUUCCGCUUCUGUACGAGAUGACUCAACGAAAUCUUCAACGCGAUCAUCAGGAAAGGGAGAACGUUCAUCAGGACGUUCGUCGCGACGAGAACGAUCUACUAGCAGAACGGCGUCAGUACGUGGAAGCGGAAGCGGCAUGUCGAAGAGCCCCGCUCGAUCCUCGAGCCGUUCUGUGAAACGUGAAGAAAGCAGACGCGGAGCCAUGAAGCGUGAUGAAAGCAAGCGAUCCAGCAGCAGCAGACGAAGGACUUCCUCGAGGACUUCCACUCGUUCACACCGAAGCUCAGGUAAAUCGCCAAGGAGAGAGAGAAAGGAAGGUAAAAACGAAGACAGGAAGGAAGAGAAGAAAAAUGACAAGUCCCCGCCAUCUGAGUUAGAUGGAAAGCAAAAGGAGGGUACCCCAGGUGACGACGAGGUGUUGCGAAUGAUGCAAGAAAUGGGAGUGGAAGUAGAAACAGGGGAGAGUGCUGCUACAAAAGAUGUAGCUCCAUCGGAUGGGCCAGAUGACGACGAAGGCCUUAGAAUGAUGAAGGAACUGCAGCAGUCCGCCGGAGGUGAAGGCCCUGCUGGUGCCGUCGAUGAUGAUGAGGUUUUGAAAAUGAUGGCAGAAGUCGGGGCGAUGGCCGACCAGGAGCAAACCAAAUCCAAUUGA